AUGGCUGCUCUGGCUGUCCUCAACGACCAGUCCUCGUCCGCUGCCUCUGCUCCCCGUCUGCGGCUGGGAAAACACCCUUCGCUGCUCAUAAACUCCAAGUCGACCCCCUUCCACGCCUAUCCCCAGACCACCCGUUCGGAGAUAUACCAGCAUGGCUCCGGCGACGGCGAGGGUGACGGCCUCUACUUCUCUGGCGUCCUCAGCCAUAGUCUGGAGGUCCAGAAGGCCAAAGAGGCCACUGCUGCCACCGACGAGGCCCUCACCAACCUCGAACGCAGCCUCAACGCUUUUGAGAAGGGCAAGGAGUCUCGCCGGACACCGCUGAUUGCUACCAUCGACCAGAUGAGGGCCCUGGGCGCCGGGGACAGCAGGUCUGCCACGGGGAGAGAGGCCGCCAGCCUGGCCAGAAAGUCGACCAGCAGAGCAGACCAGCAGAAGGAACGCUUCUUCAAGAACGCCAAUGCGUCCAGGUCUACGCCCGCCAGCCCUGCUCUGCUCCCUCUCUCGCCCCUGCUUCCCGCUGCUUCCACCGCCCCCCAGACGGUCGACAAGGACAGCCAGCGUCUCGAGGCCAUACGGACACCGCUCAUACACCUACUCGCCAUACGGCCCGUCUCUGCCAAGUUUCUUGCCGCUCGAACCCGCUGCAACACCGCCGACGUGCUCGCCCUGACGAACAAGCACUGCACGCCCAACCGUCUCGACGGAUCCAAGUUCGACCUCAAGGACAAGGCCUACAAGGACCUCGAUGUCUGGUCCUUCCCUUAUCCGACUGACGAGGAGAGGGCGGAGGUGAUCGAGAACGCCAUCUCCGCCUUUGACCGGAUGCGUAUAUCCAAAGGUGACCGGCUCUGGCAGAUGUUGCUGCCCAAACACGAACGAGGCAAAGGCAAGGUCCUCUCCCGACUCAACCUACGUACCCAGCCACAGACACAGCAGCCUCGUCUGCACGCUCACGAAGAAGGUGGAUAUGGCACCGGUAACGAGUCGGAGGGCCCCGGUGCAGACAAUGCCGCUACCAACGCCACUGCCACAGCAGCCAUGCCGCAGACACAAACUACGAAACCGGCGACAAAGAAGAGAGGAGGGCUGGAAAAGGCCCUCUCCUCCAAACGCGGCGCGAAGCCAAAGUCGACACCCACUACGCUUACGGGUAAGGUGACCAAGAAGACGGAGAAGAAGACUCCCGCCACGGGUUCCGCCGCAUCCCUAAAGUCGCGGGAUGGCGACCGAUUCAAGUCUGCCGAGUUUGUGCUCGACUCGGAUGAGGAGGACACGGGUAGCAACAGCACCAACAGCAACAAGACUAAGCCUGCCCCUGCAUCGACCGCCACCCCGACCGCCCAGCGCGGCCGGCCUGCGAAGACAAAGAAAAUGCCCGCCAAACGACAGCCAACCACAACAACAACAACAACCACCACCAAUGCAGCAACAGCAUCUUCUACUACUACAAGACAGAUCAAGGCGACUUCACCGCUUAAGCCAUCUCCCCUGGGCUCAUCUCCUCCCACCAACGCUUCCGACGUCGACGGCCACGCCCGCACAUCGAGUACACAGUCACACUCUCAUUCACAUUCCAAUUCACACUCCUCCAGCUCCUCAUCACCUCUAAUACACCAUCUGCCGCGAAAGGCACCCCCGGCGCAACCGGCCAAGUCACGGCCAACACCCCCUUCUACAUCCACAUCCGCAUCCACCUCCACAUCCGCCAAGCCAGGCGCACUCAAACGAAAGACCCGGCCAGUUGAAGAUACCCGCCCACCCACCUCCUCCACUGCCAUCGGCCUAGGAAUCCAUGCAUCCGAACCUAAACGCCGCCGCCCGUCCUCCAUCUCCUCAACAACCACUUCUUCUCUCUCUCAACCUGAAUCAAUGCACAGCGGGUCUGGCUCUGGCUCAGCAUCUCCACCAAUCUCACAGACCAUCCUCCGUGCCCGGCUGCGCGCCAAAUCGGCACAGUUCAAACAGUACUACGCCAAAUACCGGAUCCUGCACGAGGAGAUGGUAGCCCGGUCGCGCAGCGGAAUGGACUUUGACGUGGAUGUCGAGCAGAUCCGCAAGCUAGAGAGACAGCAUGCCCACCUGCAGAAGAUGAAGCAGGAGAUCUGGGACGAGGAUCGGAGGUUACGCAUGUCUUCGUAGUUAGACCUUUUUUUU